AUGUCUGAAAAAUCGAGGGUAGAUAGUGAGCAAUACGGCCCUCUACUUCUUUGGUUUAAUAACCUCGAUCUUCUCUUUAAAAAGAUGAAACCGGCUACCAAAUUAGCCAAGGAAAACGCCAAAAGAAGAGUGCUAGUCCGUGAUCUAGAGAAGAUUGACGACCAAUCUCGGGUAACUAGACGGCAUAUUCGGCGAAGUAUAGAUGCAAAUCUACUUUUAUCCCAAGAGGUCGCUAUUCUCAAAGUAGAAUUAAAAAAGGCUGGCAUCUCCAGAUCAAAUGCGGAAGCUAAGAAAAAUGGACAAUCGAUUCUUGGUACACGGGGCUUAGUACUAGCACCAACCUGCGCAAAUAAGAAGAUGGUAGAUAGGCGAACGGCCGAUUCUAAAAAGUUGGAGCGGUUCCAGGCAAAACAUACCAAGAAGUUGGAAGCUGAAUAG